CGUGUUGGUACAGGCGUGCGAAAGUUUGAAAGCGCAAGUUUAACAAAAAAAAGAAAUCUCACCAGAGUCUUUUGUUGCUCCCACCCUAAAGCAAAGGAGCAACUCUCUCUCGCUCUCGCUCAGUGCCGAGUUGCCCUACCGCGCGCGUGUGACGACGAGACUCGGGCUUCCUUGUACGUUAAUUAAAUCUGGGACAACACGGCAUUUGCCAUGCCCUCCCGGCCCUGACGGCAGCCAGCGAUAGUUCCACCGCCUGGUCGUCCUCGGGUCAGCUGCUCCGGCGUUGUUUGGUUUUGUGCGAUGCCAAGGUGGAAGAGGAAUAUCCGCUCGUGCUUGCAGUCGGACGGAGACGACGAGGCCGUUUUUAUGUUUUGGGUCACAUCCUCUGUGGAACCGGAGCCAGCGCGUAAAGCGCUCGCAGAAUGCACGGCGACCGCUGGGACGCGGGCAAGCCGCACGCCACGCGGACAAGCGCCGCGAUGAGGAAAGUGCAGGCCCUGCUCGGGUGGCUGCGCAAAAACCACUCGACGAAAAGCAAAAAAUGCGCCGGGGACGAGGCGUACUCUCUGAAACGCCUCUCCGAAGAGGGUCCAGAUGAUGCCGUGCUCGAGGAAGGUGGGAGUCGGGUAGCGGGCUCGACGGCCCUCGCCAGGGAUGGCCCAGCGGCCCCACAGAGGCACGGCAUCUCCGACGAACAUCUGGGUUCCACCCUGGUGGAGCUCAUCAAGAAGGAAGGCUCCACCCUGGGCAUCACGGUGUCCGGAGGGGUUGACAAAGAAGGGCGGCCUCGGAUCUCCAGCCUACGACCUGGAGGAAUUGCCAUCCGGAGCGACCAGCUGAACGUGGGGGAUUACAUCCGCUCCGUGAACGGCAUCAACCUGCUGCGGCUGCGGCACGAGGAGAUCGUGAGCCUCCUCAAGAACGUCGGCGACCGCGUCGCGCUUGACGUCGAGUACGAGCUGCCGCCUGUCGCUGUGGACAGCACUGCAGUGAUCCCCAAGCUGAUCGAAAUAACCUUGAACAAAGAGGGGAACAGCUUCGGCUUCGUUUGCAGAGGGGGCGCACAUGCUGACAGAAGCAAGUCCAGGCCUGUAGUGGUGACGCACGUACGACCCGGAGGACCCGCUGACAGGGAGGGCACUCUAAAGGCCGGAGACCGCCUGCUCACUGUGGACGGAAUCCGGCUGCACGGGCUCACUCACGCCGAGGCUACGGCUGUGUUGAAGCAAAGCGGACAGGAGGCCCUCGUGCAGAUAGAGUAUGACGUCUCCAUCAUGGAAUCUGUGAUGAACGCGUCGGGACCUCUGCUGGUGGAGGUGGCCAAGAUGCCCGGAGCCAGCCUGGGCCUGAUGCUCACCUCGACCCUGAGCCACGGCAAGCCCUCCAUCCUCAUCGACCGCAUCCGUCCAGCCAGCAUCGCGGAGAGGUGCGGAGCGCUGCACGUGGGCGACCAGCUGCUGUCCAUUGACGGGACGGGCAUGGAGCACUGCACGUUCCAGGAGGCCCACCAGCUUCUGGCGAACACCUCGGAGAGCGUUAAGUUGGAAAUUCUGCCGGUCCACCAGACUCGCGUUUCCAUCAGGGGCUCUGAUCACGUGGCCACGGUGAGUAGGGGUCAGACCCUGGCUUUGUGUGAAGCUCCUGCGGGCUCUCUCUCUCCUCCCUGGCCUGUGGUUCUCCAUUCUUCCGCAAGACGCCCGCCGAUUCCUCCCCGUCAGGACCGCCCCGCGCUGGUGUCCGCCUCCUUCUCCCCGACUUCGCUGCGAGCUCACACUUGCAGCCUGAGCUCGCUGCACGUCGCCACGCUCCCCCGGGCGGGGCUCUACCCGCCGCCCAUGAGCCCCCGGGGAAGCCUCGCUCGCAGCCGGAUGAAGAAGAAAGAUUUCAAGAGCUCCCUCUCAAUCGCAUCGAGCACGCUGGGUCUCAACGGGCAGGUGGUCCACACGGACACGACGGAGGUGGUUCUACUCGGUGACCCCAUGUCGGGCUUUGGCCUGCAGCUCCAGGGAGGCGUCUUCUCCACGGAGCUGCUGUGCUCCCCACCCCUGGUCGGCUUCAUCGAGCCCGACAGCCCGGCCGAGAGGUGCGGUCUCCUCCAGGUGGGCGAUCGCGUCCUGUCCAUCAACGGCAUCUCCACGGAGGACGGCUCGCUGGAGGAGGCGUCGCAACUGCUCCGAGACUCGGCCUUCGCCGGCCGAGUCACCGUCGAGAUAGAGUUUGACGUCGCAGAAUCCGUGGUGCCCAGUAGUGGCAUCUUCCACGUGAAGCUCCCGAAGAAGAGGAGUGUGGAGCUUGGAAUAACGAUCAGCUCUCCGUCACGACGCAGUUUCGGGGAGCCGCUGGUCAUCACGGACAUCAGGAAGGGCAGCGUGGCGCACAGAAUCGGAACGCUGGAACCCGGGGACCGACUGCUCGCCAUCGACCAGGUCCACUUGGAGAACGCGUCGAUGGCCGACGCGGCGCAGGUGCUGAGGCAGUGCGAGGACCUGGUGAAGCUGAAGAUCCGCAAGGAUGACGACGGAGCCAACGACGAGGGAGGAGCGAUUAGCUACACCGUGGAACUGAAGCGCUACGGGGGUCCCCUGGGCAUCACCAUCUCCGGCACCGAGGAGCCCCUCGACCCCAUCACCAUAUCUGGCCUCACCCCCAGUGGGCUUGCAGAAAGGACUGGCGCCAUCCACGUGGGAGACCAGAUCCUGGCUAUAAACAACGUGAGCCUCAAAGCGAAGGGGCUGACUGAAGCCAUCCAGCUGUUGCAAAGGUCCAGCGAAACGGUCGCGCUAAAGAUUAAAAAACCCACCCACCAACGGACGCGCGACGCUCCGAAGCUUGCCGUCAAGUUGACCGAGCCGGCGGACGAGCUGGCCGACAUGAGGACACUGGGCAAGCUGUCCGACGCGUUCUCCGCCGCGGCCGUGCCCAGCGUGGACGGCACCGCGGACUCGUGGGACAGCUCUGGCGUAGAGACGGCCUACAGUAGCCACGGUCCGCCGCAGUACCAAGUACAGGGGGGGCUGUCUCUUCUGCCGUGCGUGUGGCGUGCGCGAAAAGCAGGUACCGCGUACACGGGAGACCACGCCUACUCCCCCAGCGACAUUGGCGCCGGCGACGAUGACUGGGACAAGGCCGCGGCCACAAACGCUGGGAGUCAGAACUUCCUCAGCCUCGAUGACGGAUGCUACUGGAGAAAGCCUCUCCGGGACAUGGGGUCUCGCCAGCUGCCCCGAGCAAUGAAUGACCUGGAGACAAACCUGCUGCACUCCAACAGUACCUCGAGCCUUCACAGCAGCACGUUGCUGGAAGCGUCCAUGCAGAGGCAUGGCCACACGUGCCAGAGGAGCAGCAAGCCCCCCAUUGGAACAGUUCCCAAGCGCAGCUACAGCCUGCCACGCAACACCCAGGACAGGCAGCCAACGAGAGAGAAGACGGAAGACAUGUCCUCCGCUUCGAUGCAACUCCACAAGUUGAUGCUCUACAAGGACAGAGACGGUGAAGACUUUGGCUUCAGCCUCUCAGAUGGGCUGCUGGAGAAGGGCGUCUUUGUCAGCGCGGUGAGGCAAGCGGGCCCGGCCUCCAUCGGAGGGCUCCAGCAGUACGACCGCAUCCUUCAGGUGAACCAGGUGCACACACGCAACGCCGAUUGCUGCCUGGUGGUUCCCCUUGUAGCCGCGUCGGACGAUUGCCUGCAGCUCUUGGUUGGACGUACAUUUUCAAACCCCGAAGAGCGCUGCGACAUGAACCCGACUCGCCCUGAUCCUAUCCAUCAGAGUCCGUGGAUGGGUAGGACUUCGAGAGACGGCGAGCGGCGAACAUUGCAAGAAAGCAGCAAUGUGAAGACCCUGUGACUGCUCGCCAUGACGUUGGAGGUCCCCGGAAGGGACCGACUCCCGUCAGUUUGUCAAAAACCGAGCUGUGAAGUUGUUGGUUUCGUGUAUCGGUUCAAAGUGUAUUUAUAUAAAUAUCAACACUGAAGUUAAGUGGUGCUCAAUGACAGCAUAAAGUUUUUUUUUUAUAUAUAUGUUUAGCUUUUUUUUCCCUCCCAAUCGUGUUUCUCUUUGUUCCUCCGGCGUUUUCCCAUGAGAAGACUCACAUUUAAUUUGGCUAAAUGAUAGCUAUCAAAGAUUGUACGUGGUUCGGUUUUUUGUAUUCUUUCUCAGCAGUCAUCAUAUUCCUUUAUCCGCAGCUGGAUGGUAGCGGAAUGAGGACCGCUGCAAAAAAUGGGUUCAGAACUUGAUUUUUUUUGCCAUUCUCAUCGAAGAAGGUUUUCGCGUAGAUAGGCUCUACGUUUCACACAUUAGUGUAGUCUGCAGAAGCUUUAAAGGAGCGGGCGAUGUGUAAGUUUUCAAAUUUUCGACUUUUAAAAAAAUUUGGACCAUUACGACGGCACACAAAUGGCCUCUUUGUGUAAUAAUGUAACGGGAUCUUUUAACGUCCACUGAGAGGCGGACACUGCCUGUCCCGUAAUGGUUAAUACGCUUGCGGGAUUAUUAACCAGGGCGUCCGCCAGACUCGAACCGCAAUUGGCCUGCAGUGAAAACCCUCUCCAAAACCUCUCGCAUACUGUGCCUUCGUGAUCUUGUCCCACGCCUUUACACACCUUGAAAGUGGUCCAAAAGUGUUUGUUGAUGUGUGUAGAUGCUAGGAUCAUGCAUUUCUCAAGUGAUAAAGCAAGCAUAAAUUUUCUUCAAAUCAAUUCCAAGUUCAUUUAUUUUCCCACGUUUGUGAUGUGGAAAAGUUCCCGUUUGAAGAUGUUAGAAUAGACAUUGGUCUGAUAAACCUCCAAUGAGCACACUUGGCUACGAACGGUGCGAAAGAGGUUUCCCAUAACGUACAUACAUAAAAAGUAAACAUACAUUUUCCUUUAAGCAGAAGAUUAACUAAAGGCCCGAUUGAGCCAUUUUAAACAUUGCCUCGUUUUCAAGGGUUACCUGGGAGUGUUGCUACAGAGCCAAUUGCAAGUCGGGUCACAGACUCUGCAGGACAUAUAUAACGCCGAUUUAUUAUGACCUGGAAACACAUUACAGCACAAUUAUGAGAGAAAAGCAUGUCGGUGAUUGGAUCUGGCAGGUGUUGCGGCAUGCGGAGUGGUAAAACACGUGCAGAGUGGGAUAAUACGAUUUCACUCGAUGACCGUCUUCUCUGGAUAAGUAUAAGGCACUCGAGGAAAGUAAAUCACACUCCAAACUUGUGCCCGAUGUCAAUGAACUCAAGCAAAUGUGGUUGCGUGCACAUACACCUGCUGAAUUAUAAGAAGCACCCCCAAACUUUAAUAUCUAUUGGGGGGGAAAGAAGUGUAUUAUAAUCUGGAGGAUAUGGUAAAAUAUGGCGAGGACAUUAAGUUUGUAGAUCUAUUUGAGCAAGAGUGACAGCGAUUGUCAUUGCUAAUAAUAUUCCUGCUGCGUUGCUUACAUUUUAAUAGCUUUGGCGAACGCACUUUGGUAUUGCAGUUUUGUACUCCUGCCUGAUUUUGACACUUUUUGAAGAUCCCUCUUUUUACAUCUCAUGGAAACGCUGCAAAAGAUAUUUUUUUCCUUCCUGACGGAUCGCGCUUGUGCCAAAGCAUCGUGUGUAACCAGCGCAACAGUAACGAAGCAGGACUCGUAGUGUUCUGGUAGAGCUCCCCUUCUAUUGGAGGUCGUGUCACCAGCAGUUGCUUGAGCAAGAAAUUGGAAGGCUUUGUACUUCUUACCUUUAAUUAAAACAAAAAACUUUUCGCAGUGCAUAAUAAUUGAUUUCGCAGUACAUUUUUAUCGCCGUUGAUAAGUUUGAAAUUAGUUUUUUUUUAUUUUUGUACAGUAAUGCACUUAUGGGGUGUAUCGUUGGUGAUCUCAUGAAUGCUCUUUGAUCUCUUGAUGAAAAUUAAUCGGCACUACAGUGGCCGCACGUCAAUUUGUAUAAAGUCUCACGCCGAUGGCUGUCUCCAUCUUACACUUUGCGGUUGCUUUUAUAUUUUUGUUGUUUGCCUCUUGAAUUUGCGUAAAAGGUUCGGUGAUUUCCUUCGUCGUCUUACAAAAUGUUUCGGGCGUAAAAUGUAUUAAAGGGGGGUCGGGUGUCGCCGUAUUCUCCGGCUCGUAAGAUGCUCCAGAAAGUAAUACGCACCUACAAAGUUGUCCAAACCCCGUAUCCGUAACGUUAGACAGAUCCUAGUAACACAAACACCUGUUGGGGUUACUUUUUGCUUUAAAAUACAGGGAAGGAUGGAUGAACUAGAGAAAUACAACACGCGUGCAAAUUCACUGAGUUCAUCGGUGUUGUCGAGUGGUCACGCUAUCUAUUUUGUGCACUUGUGUGGUGGGGCAGCAGACAAUGUUUUGAGGAGUAACUGAACAACACAAAAGCCACCAACGUUAGAGGUGUCAUUCACUAUCAGUGUUGGUUACACAAGCGUGUAAACGAUAUGAUAUGCCAUCAUAGGGUGGUGAGAGGUGGUGAAGAACUUCAUUCUGUCGUGAAUUAACCAUGGCUGAUAAUUCCUUUACAGUUCGGCCGUUUGAAUUUCCUCGUUUGUAUGCUACUGUAAUGUCUUGCAUAUUCCUCCUUUGAGUAAUGUGCAUACAUUGAUGAUAUGGGUUAUAUACUGCAUUACAAAGUCCGUGCUAGGCGUGUGAAUCUCAUUGGUUUGUGCGGUGACCUGAGUUAAGAUUCCUGGCCAGGGCUAACGCCAGUGGCGAGUGAUAUCCGAGUUUGGCCUAAGGGGGGGGGGGCCCUUUUGCACCAACCACCACUGAUCAGUGACGGGUGAAGUUUCGAUCAAACGACCCUCAGGACCGACAAUUGGUGUGGCCGAGACCUUCAUUCGGAUAUAGCUGCCGAGUAUACAUUGUCCAGAGUGUGCAGUGCAUACAUUUAUACACGCACGGAGAGAGUGUUUAUAGUAUACGUAGAGUAGUUUAUUCGUGAAUGCAGUCAUAUAUAAUAAGUAGUCAUAUAUGUCACACUUAGCAACGCAGUACUUAUAAUGUCACACUGAACACGAAUUAUGUUUCUAGACCAUAUUUGUAUACUAUGUUUCUCAGAUUAUAUUGCUGUACAACAUGUGUAUACUUUUGUAAAGCUUUGGAAUAUGCCAUUUGAAAGUGUGUUCUGUGCAAAACAUCACGAGUAGGAAAGUGUUAAAGUCUUCCAAUUUCUGUACUAUGAUGCCAUAACAAUUCAGAUGUUAUUUGGCUUGUGCCUUAUUCUCUGCCCAAUGAGAUGCACUUUUUUCCCCUGGUAUUUUAAACAAAACGUUGGGAUAGGGUGUCCAAUAAUCCAAUAGGUAUGUGUGUGUGUGAUACCAUGUUUGUAUAAUUAUAUUGAUACCGAACACUUGUUUGGGGGUACGUUUUAACUUUUCAGAGGGUCUUAUAAUCCGGAGAAUAUGGUACCGUGCGGUUUUUGAAGUUAACUUUUGCAUUGUGGCGGUCUAUUUUUUAAAGGGAUAUAGUUGGAAGUUGUGUAAAGUCGGCACACCUACUGUACUUGUAAAUGUCUCUCUCGAGAUACAAAUAAAGCAUAUAUUUGAAUGAAAAUAAAAAAAA